AUGUUGACCCACACCUCUUGGGGUGAAUAUUCGUCCUCACUCAAAAUUAUAUACAAAUCCCUCAUACUGUCAAAAUUGGAAUACGGAUCCUUCCUCUUCAUCAAUGUGAAACCUUCGAUCUUAAAAAUGAUAACAGUUCAUAACUCCGGCCUAAGGUUAGUAUCUAGAGCAUUUCGUUCGUCUCCAAUUCCCAGCCUACUCAACAUUACCCAAACCCCUCCCAUCGGCCUAAUAAGGAAAAAGAACGCUAUGAUCCUAGCCUCUAGACGUUCACAGAAUAACCUCCCCUCACAUAAAGGUAUUAGAAACCUCCUACAAAACACAAAUAUUGAUCUUUCCGGAAUUAUCAGACACGAAUGUCCUUAUAUUCCCUCGUGGAUCAUGGAUAUCAAUAUAAACACCACAUUAUCCUUACUUCCCAAAGCCGAUAUGAAAGAAUUUCACUCAUUCUUGGAUAACCACCAAAAACAUACUAAGUUUUUCAUCGACAAUUCUAAAACAAACUUGGGCGUGGGAGCUGCAGUUUUAUACAACGAAAUAAAACAAAUGUUCAAGCUACCAGAUUUCUGCUUAGUCUUCACAGCCUGA